AUCCUGCUGAAGAAGAAGAAAAAAAAAACGCUCUGUUGAAAAUCGAGACGUGAAGCGAAGCAGAGGCUAGAAACUAACCGGCAUCUGGGCCAGCAGCGUCUGCAACAAAAGCCUCGCAAAAACCUGCUGAAUGAGAGAGCAAAUAUCCACCUCCAGCAACUGAGUGAACAGACGUUUUGAGCUAGUGUGUGGCAGACAAGAAGCGCAGAUGGACACCAGGAAUACCACUGAAGAGAAACCUGUCCAGCGAUCCAAGUCCUUCAGCUUUAAGACCCAAAAGGAAGUGUGUUCAUCAUGCGAGAAGACCGUCUACCCGAUGGAGAGAUUGGUUGCCAACAACCUGGUCUUCCAUUCAACAUGCUUCUGCUGCAAGCACUGCAACGCCAAACUUAGUCUUGGAACCUUUGCAGCUCUUCAGGGUGAAUUUUACUGUAAACCCCACUUUCAGCAGCUGUUCAAAAGCAAAGGCAACUACGACGAGGGCUUCGGACGCAAACAGCACAAAGAGCUCUGGACCGCCAAGGAGGGAGAUAAUCUAACAAAGACGGCAUAAUGAUACCUGCCUCACUCCAUCCAUGCCUCUUCUUUUCCUCCUCCUAACACCUCCAAUACAUCACGAUGAACACAUGCCUCAUAUGCUGGGGCACUGUUAAAUCACCCACACGCUUACUCGCUUUUUAAAUACCAUCAAAACAGAUACAGGCACAAACAGGAAAUGACUGGCCAGUCAUUAUCCAUACUAUUUUAAAAUGUAAUUUUGGGGAUCAUUUUUUGGGUUCAAUUUAAUUGAUAUCUAUAUUUUCCUUUUUUAUUCCCCAAUUUCCCGUUUGGAGUUGGUAGUUGAUUGUGACCAAAAGCCUUCCCCGAAAUGGGGAGUAUAAUCAAAUUAAUCACUUUUCUUUUCGUAUUCUUUUGAAGAAUUUGCACCGUUUUAUUUCCUUUUUAAUAAGUAAACUGUAUGCUCAGGCAAACAUUUCAGAGGCGCUAAAGAGCAUCCCUGUUUUGCAGUAGAGUAUACACUCAGGUCAAUUUUCACCCAAGGAUUAAAAAAACACACAUAGUUUCACUUAUUUAAAAUACACAAAUCAUAAUAAUACUCCUCGAUAUUGUGACUUUGCUGUCAGUUUGCUAGGUUUCACAUAUUUGAGGAACAAACAGGGUACAGAGUACUGUAAAAUAACCUCGCACAUCAGCAACAACUCACCUCGUUUUAGUUCCAUCAUUGUUCGCUUCAUCCCGUGGUUUGUUCUUAUUUUAUUGACCACUGUUAGUCUUAUCCUUGCAUGUUGGGAUGACUGGGUCUUAAUAGCCUUAUCUUAUGACUGUAUUGAUCUUUUGUGUCGUGAAUGAUUUUAUUUGUUUCAUUGAUGCAUAGCUAAUCACUUUUUAAGGUUUUUGAGAAGCUCCUGAGUUUGGAUUUGAUUUAUGUCGUGGCAUAAGAUAAUCCUCUCUGAGCUUUUAUUGAUGGUGGAAAUUUAAUGGAAUUCUCAGUUUGUGUUUUGUAUACUAUCUGUACGUAGAGCUGUAGUUUGUGAUUUAGUGAACAUUCCCCACCCUACUGUACUCUCGUCUUGCACAUAUGACCACACAUGAUCACCGGACAAGAUAAUCACAGGGAAACUGAGGCCUCGUCCGUAAAUAUCCCUCACUCCGGCAGGUGAAACAUCUUGAGAGGAGCUGUAAACAUUUGGUUGAAUUGAUUAUUACAUUUGUCACAAACCAGGUUGUUGAAGGACAGAGCUUAAGCCUUGCAGGAAACCACAACAUUGUAUUCCCUCAUCAUUUCAUCACAGUCAGUUGUUGUCUUGUUGUGAUUUCUCCCUGUGUUGUAUUUGAGAGUGCUCAUAUAGCUGGACAGUUAUUUUAUGGUGGUCAUAGAGGGAUCCAAUUUAGUCAGUGUCUUGAACAUCCAUCGUUUUGUUACCCCCAGUAAGUGUGGACAGGUUAACUUUUUAAAUAAAUGCCUUCCUGUUCUAAUCUCCUGUCUUAUUAGCUAAAUACAUCUUAGCGCCUGGACCUAUUUCUUAGUAAUGAAUUUAAAGAAGGUGGCUGAGGUAGGGUUUGUCACAGUAUUAGUCCCCACUGUGCUCCUGCAUGCUGCAUGCAAAACCCAUUGCGGAGCACCCCCUGCUGGGGAGAGUGUGACAGUAGUGUCUAGUGAGAAAGAAAGAAAAAUGACUUGCCCCUCAAUUCAACUUAGCCUUUUAUUCAAAGUUUUUGAAAACGUUGCCUCGGUCUCCAGUGCAGCUGCACUCCAGACAUUUUUAUUUAUUUUUAUUUUAUUCCAAAAAGAGAAUUUAUCCACAUUACACACGAUUUACUCUUUAUAUUUCAUUCUAUACAAAGAAUGAGUCAAUAGCCAUUCAAAUAUCUCAUAAAAGGAAAAUGUCCGAAUACCACUGAGACUUGUCUUACACUUGAUUGACACAAAAUGUAGUUUUUGUGACUGAAGGUUUACUGUGAAUUUCAGCAUGCUGUGCAGAAUUGAAACUUAACUGAAACAUGGAUGGAUAUAUCUGCUACUUUCUUUCUUUCUUUCUUUUAAAGAGAAGCCUUAGGAAUAAAUUGCUGACCUUAUUACUUUUUCAAAUGAGCACACACCUUGACGAACAAAUGUCCUAAUGCCUUUUCAGCAACAGACCAGUUUAGUUUAGAGGCCCACUCUUAAACAUAAGAUUACGUCACUCAACCAGCAGCCAUUUCCCCCAUCUAACCUCUUCUUAUCCACAUAAAUGUACAAAGUUCUGUAUUUGACGAAUAUAAAAUUGUCAUCUGAAACCCUGAGAAUGCUUUAAAAUCAAGAGUAAUGUAUCUAGAAAUGCUGUCUUUGUCAUUCUCUGUAAGCAGUUCGCCAAGGUACAACUGCAGAAUCUGUGAAUUGCAACUUCUCAGUGUAACAGAGCAGACUCUUAACGCUGGUGCCAAGAGGCUCAGGUGAAUGAUUGCAGACUAACGUCAUAAAUGUUAAACCUGUGAGUCAUUUCAUUUGUGUGCUUAUGUUGUUGAGGACUUACGUUUCAAUGCUGUUGUCAACGAGACAUUUUAAAUGUAUGCAUCUUUGAAAAUGUAUUCUGUGUUACAGACUUGACUUGUGGAUUGAGGUGGCCUUACAGCAAAAGGACGCUUGGACUGUGUUUUCAGUCGUUCUCCUCUCUUCUCCCUUCUCUCUGUUACUUAGUUUGUUAUGAAAGUGUAACAUUUUAAAAUGUAAGCGCCCCCCUUUCUACGCCUAUAUACACAAUCAUUUUGUGCAUUUUCUUUCUUUUUCUUUUUUACAUGCUUUUGGAGAAAAAAAAUAAAUGCUGGUGUUGAUUUAA